UAUUAAAAAAAACGGGUGUUGAUUUAAACAGUAUAGACAAUUUCAGUUCAUAAGGUCGUUAACUGAAGGUAUGUGGAUAUACUCAGCCUCUGGAGAUAAUAAAUAGUUACUUUUUCUUGGCCGAGCCACUUGUGGGAUCUCAGUUCCCCGACCAGGGAUUGAACUUGGGCCCUCGGCAGUGAAAGCGCAGAGUCCUAACCACUCGACUGCCAGGAAGUUCCCUGAGAGUUAGUGAGGCAUGAAAUUUGAUAGCGGGACACUUCAUCGCACGUCUGUUGGAUGAUGGGUUGUAAUUAUUUGGGGCCGCGAUACGGCAGCGUGCGCCUGGGCCCGAGUGUCCUGGUGCCCGGCUGGUGGCCCUAGGCCACACUGUUCCUUGGGACCCCCACCUGGGCCUCCUCACUCAGUGCGGCUUCUUCCACUUAGUUCUUCCUGGUGAGAACUUGUUUAGCAGCAUCCACUCUCUGGAGUCAGGAGACCUUCCCUCGGUGCCUGGCGCUGCCUGUGGGCCUGUGGGUUUGGGUGACUUUCUCCUCCCUGGACCUCGAGCUUCUGCAUCUUUAAACAGGGCAGCAGAGAGGCUGAGGGGCUUGUUAUGCAGAGUCUCCCGUGGGCAGAGAAGUUAGGUGGGCUUUCUCGGCCCCGCCCAUCCACACACACCCCGGGAGGGGCUGGUGACAAUGACGGAGGUGUCCAGAGGCGGUUCCCAGUCUGGGUCCGGCUGGAGUUCUGUGUGCUUUUUGCUGCAGUGCUGGGGUCAGAGUUUAAAUUGCUCCUUCCGGGAUCAGGCAUCAGAUCUAAUUCUUAAACCAAAGAAGAGGGCUUCUCUGUCCUCUGGCUGCACGACUUCACUCGUGGCAUCAACCCCAGUGGCAUCGAUGGUGUCCGUCCCCUGCUUGGAGGCUUGCUGACCCCCGCUGCCUCCAGGGUGGGGAUGAGAACCUGCAGUUGGGUCGGCGGCCCCGCGCGCUCGCUUCCUUCCUGCCUCUGCACUCCCCUCCCGGCCCCUGUCCUCCUAAGAGGGUCCGGCAGAGCCUUUGUUGGGAAGCCGGCCUCCGCCCCGCCUGCCCCCAGCUCUGUCCCCAGAUGGCCUCACUCAGGGAAGCCCCCUGGUUGCCCCUGAGCCAGGCCCUCCUGUUGGACCCUCUGUCGGCAUCUCGUUUUCAUUCUUCAAAGGAUGCGUCAUUGGUAGUUACCUGUUUGGUUUUGUGAUUAUUUGAGCAUCAGUCUCCUUUGUUUGGCUCUAAAACCCAUGAGGCCUGGGGGUCUGGCUGCUGGGCUGCCCUCCCCACCUCCGGGGGCCAUGGGACCAGGGCUGCAGGCCGGGCCGUCAGCAGGAGAAGCCACCGGCAUGUUGGCGUGACCGUGCCUCUCCCGUGGGACUCACUGCAAGUGGGCGCUCGGCGUGUGUUUGCAGAGGGCAGCCUUACCCUGUGUAAACCAUGUGAAGGGGCCAGACCCCGAGUGUCCUUCUCAGAUGAUGGAGCUGGGCAUGGAGCCACCGCUCACUGUGUUACUUGACUGGAGAGGAAUGAAUAGUAAAGGAUGGGUAGGGGAUGUGCCGCAUGAUCGCCUGUCUCGGCCCUGGAUGGAAUGUUCUACAGAUCCAAGGGUUCACCCUGGUUCAUUGAGGUCUCUGCUCAGAAGCUGUCCGUGCUGUCCUGUGGAAAAAUCCAUCACCACUCUCUCUGCACCCCGCUUUAUUUUCCUUUGUCGCCUGCUGCCUCCUUGAAAGCACAGGAUUAUGCGUGUGUGUGUGCGUGUGUGUGUGCACGUCUGUCUGUCCUCCAGUACCAGAGGAUGGGGCUUUGUCUUCUGUUCACUGCUGCAUCUCAGUCUGUGGGUACCUGGCGCAUAGUAGGUGUAUAACGGGUGUUUAUUGGAUGAAUGCAUGAGAGUGCUGGGUCAGAGCAGGCAUUUUUGUGGUUGAAACCUCAAUAUCUUGGGUUCUUCGUGGUCCAAUUUAAUUUGUCUAGAAAAGGAAUUCAAAAGGUUCUACCUUCCAGUAAUUUUUCUUCCCUCCAAUUUUCAUUUUUAAAAAUCUCCCUUUGAAGCAAACGUUUCCUGAGAAGGAGAAACGGAGAACAGGACAUCCUGGGGCUGCCGCUCGGCCGUGCUUACGUGGGGGACGCCUGCUCCGUUGCCCUUCACUCCUCAGAAUCAGGCUGGUGCUUGGUGACACCCCCUUCUUGAGUGCCACAUCUUGGAUUCUAAUUUGACCUGAUCACAGUUACUAGGACAGGGGACUGUGUUUCCCAGAAGAGAGCGCUAGGGAAGAGUGCAGAGGGGGAUUGAACGGGGAGGCGCUUGGAGGCCUUCAGAGAUGCGGUUGCAACUGCUCGCUGCUCACGGCGCUGUUCCUCGUCUGCGAAGCGGGCAUCUCCUGGCUGCGUGUCAGUCCCCACAGCCAGCAGGUCACCCAGCCUCCCUGGGUGGUGAGUCCCGCCCUGCCUGGGGCGGUGGCACCGUGGAGACACCGCAGUGCGCUCACAGCCAGGUCUCUUCUCGGCAGCCGGCGUCCGUCAGCGGGCCUGCUGUGUGCCAGGGCUGGGCGGGGCCCGGGCCGUGGGAGCGAUGCGUGGCCCUGCCCCGCGGGACACCCAGCAGGGAAGAUGCCGUGAACCCAAAGAAACGAAGUCCCCACCGCUGUGGCCGAGUAGGCCGUCCAGAGCCGUGGGAGGAGGGGCAGCGGGAGAGCUGUUCAGGGCACCGCGGGGUGCUGGAGCCCAGAGGGCUUUCGUGUCGCCCAGGGAGGGAGCCGUGCUCAGGGCAGGCCCUGGACCUGCUCCCUGGUGCCUUGUGCACAAAUCCUUUUCCCUCUGGAGCAUUUAGGACGGUCUGUGUAACCGAUCGCAGUCUUUUCGUCCAUAAAGAGUCUCUGCCUGUAUUAUCAUAAAAGCCCAGAGGACUUCCCUGGGGGUCCAGUGGUGAAGGCUCCACGCUUCCACUGCAGGGGGCCUGGGUUCGAUCCCUGGUCGCAGGCCAAGUGGUGCGGCCAAAAAACCAAACCAAACCAAACUCAGCUUCCUACUAGAUGGAAGGCUGAGUCCCUUGCAGGACUGUAUAUGUCUUGACUGGUCUGCUCAGUCUUCAUUCCCCUGCAGCCUCUCCUUCCCUCCCUCCAUCCAAGCAUCCUCCCACCAGCCGGCCAGUAGACCAAUAUCUGCGGACCUUGAUCUGCAGGGCAUACCAAAUGGCAUUUGGUAAAGCAGGGAGCGAGACAGGCAACGCCCCUGCCCUCACGAGAGAACCAGAUAUGAAGUUGCCAGUUAUGAUUAUACUUAGGUUAUUUACCCAACAGUGCACACGCCGUGGAAGCCAUGCUGGCGGCCACGAGCAUUGGCGCCAUCUGGAGCUCCACGUCCCCAGACUUCGGCGUGAACGGCGUUCUGGACCGGUUUUCUCAGAUUCAGCCAAAGCUCAUCUUCUCCGUGGAGGCCGUCGUGUACAAUGGCAAGGAGCACGACCACGUGGACAAGCUGCAGCAGGUCGUUAGAGGACUAGCAGACCUGAAAAAAGUGGUGGUGAUUCCUUACGUUUCCUCCAGAGAGAAGAUAGACAUUUCCAAGAUUCCAAAUAGCGUGUUCCUGGAGGACUUCCUGGCCACUGGGCAAGGUGCGCAAGCCCCUCAGCUGGAGUUCGAGCAGCUGCCCUUCAGCCACCCGCUCUUCAUCAUGUUUUCGUCGGGCACGACCGGAGCGCCCAAGUGCAUGGUGCACUCGGCCGGGGGGACCCUCAUCCAGCACCUGAAGGAGCACAUUCUUCACGGCAACAUGACCAGCAGUGACAUCAUCCUGUAUUACACCACGGUCGGCUGGAUGAUGUGGAACUGGAUGGUGUCUGCUCUCGCCACGGGGGCGGCCGUGGUCCUAUACGACGGCUCCCCGCUGGUGCCCACCCCCAAUGUGCUCUGGGACCUGGUCGACAGGAUCGGCAUCACCAUCCUUGGAACGGGUGCGAAGUGGCUGUCAGUGCUGGAAGAGAAAGACGUGAAGCCAGUGGAAACUCACAGUCUGCAGACGCUGCGCACGAUCCUGUCCACCGGCUCCCCCCUGAGCACCCAGAGCUACGACUAUGUCUACAGGUGCGUCAAGAGCAGCGUCCUCCUGGGCUCCAUCUCAGGUGGCACCGACAUCAUGUCUUGCUUCGUGGGCCAGAAUCCUUCAAUUCCUGUGUACAAAGGGGAAAUUCAGGCCCGGAACCUGGGCAUGGCUGUGGAGGUGUGGAACGAGGAAGGAAAGGCAGUCUGGGGGGAGAGCGGUGAACUGGUGUGUACCAAGCCGCUCCCCUGUCAGCCCACGCACUUUUGGAACGAUGAGAACGGCAGCAAGUACCGGAAGGCGUAUUUCUCCAAAUUCCCAGGUGUCUGGGUGCACGGCGACUACUGCAGAAUCAACCCCAAGACCAGGGGCGUCAUCAUGCUGGGCCGAAGCGACAGCACACUCAACCCCAACGGAGUGCGAUUCGGCAGCUCGGAAAUCUAUAACAUCGUGGAGGCCUUCAAGGAGGUCCUGGACAGCCUGUGUGUCCCCCAGUACAACAAGGACGGGCAGGAGAGGGUGAUCCUCUUCCUGAAGAUGGCUUCCGGCCACACCUUCCGGCCCGACCUGGUGAAGAGGAUCUGCAGCGCCAUCCGCCUGGGCCUGUCUGCCCGGCACGUGCCCAGCCUCGUCCUGGAGACCCAGGGCAUCCCGUACACCCUCAACGGCAAGAAAGUGGAAAUGGCCGUGAAGCAGAUCAUCGCUGGGAAAACCGUGGAGCACCACAAAGCCUUCUCGAACCCCGAGACCCUGGAUUUGUACCGGGACGUCCCCGAGCUGCAGGACUUUUGAACCAGGCCAGCUGGCAUGUCCCUGAGCCACACACGUCUGUACUGUCACUUCUGUGCGUUCAAGAAGUUACUUAGAGGGGCUUCCCUGGUGGCGCAGUGGUUAGCAAUCCGCCUGCCAAUGCACGGGACACGGGUUCCAGCCCUGGUCCGGGAGGAUCCCACAUGCCGCGGAGCAGCGAAGCCCGUGCGCCACAACUACUGAAGCCUGUGCUCUAGAGCCUGUGCUCUGCGACGAGAGAAGCCACCGCAAUGAGAAGCCCGCUCGCCGCAACUAGAGAAAGCCUGGGGGCAGCAAGGAAGACCCAACGCAGCCAAAAAUAAAUAAAUGAAUAAAAAAAACAAAAAAAAAAAGAAAUGACUUAGAAACCUACGGCUCUUAGAAAAGGAGUUUGCACCAAGUCUGUAGGCCUGGGGAAGAACGAUUCUCUGCUCUGCGGUUUCGUCUGGUGGAUCCCUGAGUCUUCCACCCGCCACAGGGGGAUCCUGACCUUCAGGGGCCGAAAGGGAGGGUUUGGGUUGUGUGUGUGGCAGUCUGGAGAGUGUAUGUUUUUGCAUACUCGCAGGGAGGAGCUGGGGUCUCCUGUGCGUGCACUGGCAUGGCCGACUCCUGGUCUCCAUCCAGGGCCCGCAGGCAUCUUGGUGACGGCUCACCCCAGGGCAGUGACCAGCCUGCAGCCUUGUACUGUGGUUCCAUUUCCCUCUCUUAAGGCCCAGAUCUCUUUCUUCCCUUUGUUUUCGUCUCCCGGCUCUGGCUGCCACCCUUCAGGGCCCAUCUGUCUGCUGUGGCACGUUACCUGUCACGGCGCCCGUCCCAGGGUGACUUUACAGCAUCUCACGGCAGAUUCUCAGGACCCCGGGCCGACCGCUCCUGCUCUCUGUGUGUCACGGACAGAAUCUGGGCAGCUCCUGGGGGAACCGUGUGUCACACCCAGCCACCGGUGCUCCCCAGCAGAUAGAGUUCCAGUUCCCUUUGGAGAAUGAGUGGGUUUCACGUUUUAAUAGGAUCUCUUAAUUUCACGGGCUUUGAGUGGUUUGAAAUUUUUUUAAUGUUAAUUAAGUGUGUGGUGUGUGGGUGUUUGAAGGCGUGGGUGAUGUCCACGCCGUGGGGAGUGUCACUCAGGGAUGCGGACGAGCCCCCAGGCCACGGGUCCUGCUGAAGCAGAGCCGCUGGGCCUCAGGGGACGUGGCCUCACUGCACAGGGGGCCGGGACCUGCACAUCAAAAGCUUGCCGCCAGCAGCUGUAUGUACUUUUGAAUGUACUGUUCAGUUCAGGCUCUUAACACACUCCUGUCAUCAUAAUGUUCAUUUCUGUAUUUUUUGAAACCGAGUACAGUGGAAAGCUUUCUUGAACCCUUUUUCUCAUGGAUUAUAGAAAAGGGGCAGCACUGAGUUUACUGGAGUUAAUUUAUGACCACAUUUUAAAUGCAGAGUAAAGUCCGGAAAAGUGAUUCUAUCCCGGGAUAGUAAAGAGGUUUCCCCUCAGGUGGCAGCUCUGAUAAACUGGUGAUAGGCAGAGUGUCCCAUUCAGAAGGACUCUGAAGCCAAAUCUCAGCUGAAAAGAAAUGCAUCAGGAUUGGCCAGCAGUGUCCGUCAUGGCUAAAUGAUGGAUUGCUUCUUGUCAAGUGUGAACGUCAAGUAUAAACUGGGUAUUGUAAGAGAUUGGAUAGGGCUCUGCCAACUUAAAGGCAGACACACAAUGUUUAAUAAACUAUUUCAAACUUCCUAAAAAA